AUGUUCAAUGUCUUCUCUGUUUUGGUGUAGCAGCAUUACAGCGCCACAUACAGACCUGGCAUGAGUACUACAGCAUUUUGGAACAUUCAUUUGACCUAUGCCCUAUUUGUGACCACGCCAGGGUGGGGCUUAUGCCCAAUACUGCAGUGAGCCACCAGGAGGUGUAAUUUAACUCUCAUACCUUUGUCUUCUGUCGUUAGCUGUAGGCAACGGGACUUGCUCGAGUUGGAUUGGACUUUAACUGUACUUGCUUGACUUGGACUGGACUUGACCUGGACUUGCUUGUCUUGGACUGGACUUGUAUCUCAGUCAUCCAGAUCAGAGUCAUCAGCUGUAGGCAACUGGACUUGCUUGAUUUUGACUGGACUUGAACUGGACUUGCUUGAGUUGGACUGUCUUGAACUUGACUUGUUUCUCUGUCAUUCAGGCACUGAUACCAUGCAUCGCAACAGCAGCAACAAUCGCACCUUUUCUUACGGCUUACCUGUGGUCAUGUUGUGCCUCGCUGCCUUGCUCUUCAGCAACAUCUUGAUCUACCUGUACCUGGACUCCUUGCAUCAGAAUGACCAGCAGAUGGUGUCCUUUGGUGUUGGCUGUGCACCUCGGCACUUUAAAAUGGUGACCAUGAAGAACUGCACCCCGUGGCUCCAGUGUCCACAAAUAAGAGUUGAAGUGCGCAAGCUGAAGCUGAUUGGCCAGGGAGCCGUGAAGAAGGUGUUUUUUGCUGAAUGGAGAGCUCAGAAGGUGGCGCUGUUUGAACUGUCCCCCCCGGAUUACGUGGAGGACUUUCUCCACGGUCUGUCAAUGUUACAGGUUCUGCAGGGACCCCUGGUGGUGCAGUUGGUUGGAUUUUGCCUCGAAGACCAUACUCUGGUCACAGAGCACCACCCAUAUGGCUCUUUGCUGAACUUGGACGUUGUUCUUGCACAAGCUAGGAACCAGCAGCAUAACACCUGGCAGACUCGGCUGAGGCUGGCCAUGGACUACGUCUCCAUCCUCCACUACCUCCAUAACAGUCCAGCCGGACGGCGAGUCAUGUGCGACUCCAACAGCCUUGAGAAAACACUCUCCCAGUUCCUGCUCACCACUGACUUCAACCUGGUAGUGAACGAUCUGGACGCGCUACCUGAGGUGGACCAGUCCAGAGGCUCCCUGGUGAAAUGUGGUCAUCGAGAGCUAACUGGAGAUUUUGUGGCCCCAGAGCAGCUGUGGCCUCUCAGAAAUGAAGAAAAGCCAUUUUCAGACGACCUAAUGCCAGGAUACGACGAGAAAACUGAUAUCUGGAAGAUCCCAGAUGUGACGCAGUUUCUGAUGGGAAGGGUUCCUGGGGGAGAUUUAGUCCACUUCCAUCUUUUCCAGAUCCACGAUGAGUGUAAGAAUGCGGAGCCCAGGCUCCGCCCCUCCGCUCUGGAUGUUUUGAACGUGUACACAUCAGUCUACAGCAGCAUGGUCCGGGAAUCUGCUGGUGUUCGAGAGCUGUAGAACAGUUGUGACGUAGUUCAAACACCAGCUCAACUGCACUCAGUGAUGUCCUACUGGUGUCUAUGUUGAUACAGUGUUUUUUAUAAGUUAAAUACCACAUAAUGUGGCUCAUGGACUGGAUUAGCUUGCUAUUUAGUGAGCAUAGUUGUAAUGCUAACAUUAGCAUGACCUUGGACAUUCUGAGGAAACUGGAAGUCACUAAAUGCGGGAGUGACAUAAUUUGCCAAUUAUGACUUCAGGGGCAACUGCUGAGUUUGUGUGAAUGUAAUAAGCUCUUACUUUAGUUACGUGACAGUGUUCAGAGUGAAUACACAAUCAUUUGUUAUGUUUCUUAAAACAAUCUGUUAAUCCAGAUUACAUCUGAGCUGCUGGGCCUCCUGACUUUCUCACUGCACUGUAUGAUCACAGAUUUUCCUGUGCAAUAUAAAAUUAAAGCGUGUGUCUGAAGAGGUGAGCUUCAUUCUGAUUUUUGACACAUGUAAACAAAGCAUUAAACAGAAAAACAAGCCA